AAACGUUUGGAGCCACGGAGAAGCCAAGUUAUCGUUCGCCGGAGUAAUUUUGGUAUUUCAGAGUUUUUUGAACAGAUAUUUGGGAUUGUCGAACGAUCGGAAGGAAUUCCGAUUGUAAUAUUUAAAGAAUCGAGAUAGAUACUGUCAGAAUGUCGAUUGGAGUGCCGAUAAAAGUGCUUCACGAAGCGGAGGGUCACACCAUAACCUGUGAAACGAACACUGGUGAAGUGUACCGGGGAAAAUUGAUCGAAGCUGAGGACAAUAUGAACUGUCAAAUGCAUAAUAUCACGGUCACUCAUAGGGACGGUCGGGAGGCACAGCUGGAGAACGUGUAUAUCAGGGGAUCGAAAAUUAGGUUUCUCAUAUUGCCUGAUAUGCUGAAGAACGCGCCGAUGUUCAAAAGACCGGGCGGAAAAGGCUCCGGGACAGCCGGCAGAGGAAAGUCUGCUAUAUUGCGUGCUCAAGCUCGUGGCAGAGGGGGUAGGGGGCAAAAUCAAAGGGGUAGAGGCACAGGAUCAGCGCCUUGGCUAAAUCAACAAAAUCAACCUGGAGGACCUCAAGCAGGAAGAGGUCGAGGUUAAAUAAAUUCUAAGGGAUGUAAUCAUAAGAGAAAAACCAUUGAAAUAAGCCUGUGACUACUUUUUACAAUGUUUUACUGAAGAUGUUUCUCUAAAUUCCGAUUCACUAAACUUAGGAGUAUUAAUAAACAAGUGGAAUAAUUUUUCCAGACCAUUUUCCAA